GGGCCCUCGCUCACGCCAGCUCGGUGGGAAGCGACGCUCCCCGCCCCGCGGCGGAGCCGUUUGGCGGCGGGACCCGCGUCCGUCCGCCGGCGGGAAACAUGUCGGCGGGCCGCCCGUUCCUGGCCUGCGCCUGCUUCUUCUCCGACAACGUCUUCGUGGGGCGCUACGGGCUGCACGUCCGGUACCGGGACGAGGAGCAGCUCCGACGCGACCACGGGCGGGCGCUGUGGGAGCGGGGCUGUCGGAGCGAGGAGGAGUUCGGAGCCGCGCUGCGGGAGAUUGAGGCAGAAGUGCAGAGAAGAAAACAGUUAAUUCACCAGUCAGUGGAACGCAAAGCCAUCAUCUCAAAGUGCUACAAACAAAAACAUCCAGAAGUGUACCUUCUGCAGGAUUCAUUCCUGGCCCCAGAUUUUCUAGAAAUCGUGAGGUACUGCACAUCACCAGAUGCUCAUCUCCAUGGCCUCCUGCGCUACGUUGAGUCCUUCUCAGAUAAGAGGAUCUAUCGACUCCCAGUGUUCACAGAAGAGUUCUGCCAAGCCUUUGUGGAUGAGCUGGAGAACUUUGAGCAGUCGGAUAUGCCUAAAGGCAGGCCCAACACUAUGAAUAACUAUGGGGUUUUGCUCAAUGAGCUUGGGAUGGAUGAAACUUUCAUCACACCACUGCGUGAAAAAUACCUGCAGCCCAUAACGGCACUGCUUUAUCCUGACUUGGGGGGCACUUGUCUGGACAGCCAUAAAGCUUUUGUUGUCAAGUACUCGCUACAUGAAGAUCUGGAUUUGAGUUCUCACUAUGACAAUGCAGAAAUCACCUUAAACGUUUCACUGGGAAAAGACUUCACAGAAGGCAACUUGUACUUUGGGGAUUUCAGCCAGGAUCCUACCCCUGUGCCAAAGUACAUAGAGAUCGAACAUGUGGGAGCCCAGGGCCUCUUACACCGAGGAGGGCAGAUCCACGGGGCGCUGCCCAUUGCUUCUGGGGAACGGUGGAACCUCAUUAUUUGGAUGAGAUCUUCUGCCAUCCGCAACCGGCUGUGCCCCAUGUGCAACAAGAAACCUGAGCUGGUGGAAUCAGAGGGGUUUGGAGAUGGGUUCACAGAAACCCUUAAAGAUGAUGUGGCCGAGACGGUGAAUCUCUGUUCCUUGUGGUAGCAGACAGGAGAACCUCAUUUCUCCAGAUCACGUUGCCUAAAGCUCCUUUCUGACCUCUCAGACUGCACUAAAAGACUCUUUGAUGGAUGCACGAGUCUUGUAAGAAUUAGCUGUCACCUUGGACAAUGAUGCAAAACCAAUCCUGCUGGGGUUAGGGAAGCCAGCUGCUCCAACAGCUGAAGAAGCCGGUACUCGGCUGCGGCUCACGGUGGGGCUGGAGAGCUGGAGGACUGCUUGGAAGACGUAGAAAGCUGUGACACAUUGAUUCACUGCAAAGGCUCUGUAAAUAUUUUUGGGUGUACAGGGAAAACGCCCAAAGCUGCCUGGCCUUCGUGAAGACCUCUGUGCCAAUGGCAAGCAGUGUGGGUCAUGCUGUAAACGGAAAACAAUGGUACAAUAAAGCCCGGCACUUACCAUUUC